GGUCAACUCCAUGUCACACUAAACGUAAAUUCUUUACCAACUGCAUAAUUUGCUUUCUUAUUGAAAAAAUAACUUCUAUCACUGUGUUGGAAUUGUAAAAGAAUUACUUUGUUGAAAAAAUCGCUGCGUUCUGAGCUGGUUUAAUGAGCGGCGUUUCAAACAUUAAUAUUAAGAGGAAACAAGGCCAAUGGGAUACUGAUGAGCCUAAAAACAACUCUUUUUCUAGUCGUCAGCACCAGAUUUACCGGUUGUCGCAAUCACCGCUUGUGAACGGUGAUUACUUUCUGAGACACAAUGAUUCCAGCGGAGCUCUUGGGUCAUCUGUGAAAAGCACAACGUACUAUGGUUCAAUGGGUCAGGGAAAGCAGUUAACGAUGAAACCUUCGUUCGUAAGCAUGGCUAAUACUGGAAGGCUUUCAACAGAUGAGACUUUUGAGUCGGCCGAGAACCCAGACAUUGUUCGCCGUCAUUUGGGCACUGCCGAUGGCAAUUGGGACGAGUUUUCCUCAUUAAAUCUUCAAGGCGGUGAUAUUCAUCGUCAGGUGUAUCGUUGGCAAGAGGAAAUGGACCAAAAAGCCCAAAUUCGUCGAGGUCGAUCACAUUCAUUCUCUGCCCAAGAUGUAACAGAACCUUUGCAAGUGAACGUCAAUAUUGGUGACCUAAAAAAAGCUGGCGGCAUGAGAAGAAAUUUUAUUCAAGCUAAGGCUAGCACAAACUCGUUUCAAAAUCCUCAAGCAACCCCGUAUCAACCUACAUUUCUUAACAGAAAUUUCAUUGAGUUUCUCUCUGUGUAUGGUCACUUCGCUGGUGAGGAGCUUAGUGAAGAAGAUGAGGAUGACGAAGAGCAAGAGGAAGAAGCUGAGACGCUGGCACCUCAUUGGCAUGCAGCAGGAACUCAGGAAUCACAACCCUUGUUGCAUCCCAGACGUCAUGCCCCUCCUGUCAAGGGUCAAGCAUCUGCGGGAAAGGCUGUGCUGCUUUUGCUGAAAUCGUUUGUCGGAACAGGUGUCUUGUUUUUGCCCAAAGCAUUCCAACUUGGAGGUCUGGCAUUCUCAACGAUUACCAUGCUUGUCGUGGCCGUCAUGUCACUUAUUUGUUUCAACCUCUUAAUCUCUACCAGAAACAAGAUACCAGGCAGUUUUGGUGAUAUCGGUGGUGUUUUGUUUGGCAGACAUAUGCGCUUUGCCAUUCUUGCUUCUAUUGUUGUCUCGCAAAUUGGUUUUGCGAGUGCGUACAUAUCAUUCGUGGCAAGUACUCUUCAGGCAUGCUUCAAAGCUAUCUCUGCUACUGGAAAGGAGUAUGAUAUAGUAUUGUUUAUUGUUUUCCAGUUUUUUGUGUUUGCCCCUCUUUCUAUGGUGCGUAAAUUGACAAAGCUUUCUGCGACUGCUUUGAUUGCCGAUUUUUUCAUUCUUCUUGGAAUUCUUUACCUUUAUUUUUGGGACGUGCUCACGCUGGCUACGCAAGGCAUUGCUGACGUUGUCUUGUUUAACAAAACAGAGUUUUCCUUGUUUAUUGGUGUUGCUAUCUUUACUUAUGAAGGAAUUUGUCUCAUUCUCCCCAUUCAGGAACAAAUGGCAAACCCUCAAAAAUUGCCCAAAGUUUUGUCUGGCGUAAUGUUGGCUAUUACCAUCCUUUUCAUUUCCAUUGGUGUUUUAUCAUAUGCUGCCUUUGGCUCCGAAGUGCAAACUGUUGUUAUUCUGAACAUGCCCCAGAGUGGAUUCACGGUUCUUAUCCAAUUUUUGUAUGCGAUUGCUAUUCUUCUCAGUACACCGCUGCAGUUAUUCCCUGCUAUUGCAAUCAUUGAACAAAGCAUCUUUACACGCAGCGGUAAACGCAACAAAAAGGUCAAAUGGCGCAAAAACUACCUCCGCGUUACCCUUGUAUUUAUCGCCAUUCUAAUCGCAUGGGGCGGUUCCGCACACUUGGACGAGUUUGUAAGUAUGGUUGGAAGUGUGUGUUGCAUUCCUCUCAUUUACAUCUAUCCUCCUAUGCUUCACUAUAAAGCCUGUGCGCGUGGCUUUUGGUCAAAAGCAUUGGAUGUUUUAAUUGGAUUAAUCGGUACCGUUUCCAUAAUUUUCACGGCAUACAUGACCUUGGUUUGAGACAUUUAAUUUCUUCAAAGAGUUGCCUCGCGCAACGUUGUUCGCCAUAUUUUUGUUCAUUUCCUUCUCCAAACGUAAUUCAGCUCCCACGCUCUCUAUUAGAAAUCAUUACUAAUAUCAAUUAUUGUUCUAUAAUUCACGAUAACAAAAAACCCACGAUUUGCUUAACAAUUUUCUGUGCAAGCUUCCAGUCCGUUUAUGACGCCG